GAGGAAAUUUUAUUGUAUUAAUAAUUAGUUAACAUUUGUCGUUUGUUAUUUUUAUAAAUAUAGUGAAGAAGGUGGGCGAUGAAGUGGUUGUUAGUUUAGUUGUGAUCCGAAAGAGGGUAGAGUAGAGGGAUGGGUAGCUUGCAGGGAAACGAGGAAGAUGGCAAUAAUCUGAGCCAAGUUCUCUUGCCAACACAAGAAGAAGACCAGGAACAAGGAUUCACCCACAAACUUUGGCGCGAAACCAAGAGUCUAUGGCUUAUCGUGGGCCCCUCCAUCUUCAGCCGCAUCGCAGCAUUCACCAUGAACGUUGUCACGCAAGCCUUCGCCGGUCACUUGGGCGACGUCGAACUCGCCGCCAUUUCUAUCGCCAACACCGUCAUCGUUGGCUUCAACUUCGGCCUCCUAUUGGGGAUGGCGAGCGCGUUGGAGACACUGUGCGGGCAAGCGUUUGGGGCGAAGAGGUAUCACAUGUUGGGAAUAUACAUGCAGAGGUCGUGGAUCGUUUUGUUCCUGUGCUGCUUCCUGCUGUUGCCGUUUUACGUUUUGGCAACACCGAUUCUGAAGGUGCUGGGACAGCCUGAUGACGUGGCGGAGUGGAGCGGUGUGAUGGCGGUGUGGCUCAUUCCUCUGCACUUCAGUUUCGCCUUUCAGUUCCCUCUGCAGAGGUUCCUGCAGUGCCAGCUGAAAACCGCGGUUAUUGCUUGGGUUUCCUUGCUGGGCCUGCUCGUCAACGUUCUCACCAGCUGGCUUUUCAUUUAUGUCUGGGAUUUUGGGCUUUAUGGGGCCGCUGUUAGUUUGGACAUUUCCUGGUGGGUCCUCGUCUUCGGCAUGUACGCCUACACUGCCUGGGGUGGAUGUCCGUUAACUUGGACCGGUUUUUCCGUUCAAGCCUUUUCCGGACUCUGGGAAUUCUUCAAACUCUCUUCCGCUUCUGGAGUCAUCUUAGAGAACUGGUACUAUUGGAUAUUGGUGCUUAUGACUGGUCAAUUGGAGAAUGCAACUAUCGCUGUGGAUGCCUUGUCUGUAUGUAUGACCAUCAACGGGUGGGAAAUGAUGGUUCCCCUGGCUUUCUUUGCGGGUGCGGGGGUAAGGGUGGCAAACGAGCUAGGCGCAGGCAAUGGGAAAGCAGCAAAAUUUGCUACGCUAGUAUCGGUGGCACAAUCAUCGGUGAUUGGGUUAAUAUUUUGCGCUCUGAUAAUGAUAUUCCACAACUACGUUGCAUACAUAUUCACCUCAAGCUCUUCUGUCCUUCAAGCUGUUGACAACAUGGCAUUCCUCUUAGCUGUCACUAUCCUUCUCAACAGUAUUCAACCCGUUUUGUCAGGAGUGGCUGUUGGUUCGGGAUGGCAAGCAUUCGUAGCAUACAUCAAUAUAGGGUGCUAUUACAUUGUGGGACUCCCACUGGGAAUUAUCAUGGGAUGGGUCUUCAAAACUGGUGUCACUGGAAUCUGGGGGGGCAUGAUCUUCGGUGGUACGGCACUCCAAACUCUGAUACUCAUCAUAGUAACGGCACGAUGUGAUUGGGAAAAGGAGGCGGAGAAAGCUUCCCUUCGCGUAAAUAAAUGGUCAAAAUCUAAUUCCGAUGGCACACUGGAGACCUCAAAUUAACAUUUCAAUUUGUGCAUUCACCAACAUGGGGAGAAGAAUAUGAGAGAAAGAGAUGAAGCUCGUGAUUUAGUCGGACAUCGUUUCUUUGAUUCAUUGUUUCACCUUUCUAGUAAUUUAUUGCUAUCUAACAAUUAGCUGGAAAAGUUUUAUUUGCUUGUUAUUUAACAUUUCGAUUGUUGAAAAUUAUUGAAAGAGUUAGUAUGUUAAAAGAAACCGAUCAGUGGAUGAAAUUACAUGAUUAAAAAAAAAAAGAGA